AUGGUUAUGAAACUUGAAAAGCCAUUCAACAGUAAAAAAAGGACAGAAAUUCAGUAUAACAAUUCAACAUUAACUGCAUUAACUAUGAAGCUUUUACAUUUAUUCCUUGUUGUGAUUAUUGCUGAAAAAGUUUUCUCGGAUGAAGGCAAUUCUUGCUCAAGUCCACCUUUGCCGUUCAGCCCAAAAUCAACUGGAAAUCAAAAGAAAAUUAAUGAAAUUAUAGCAUCAGUAAAUGUUGUAAACCAAAUUCUAUUCACAGUUUUGGAUUCAAUAUUUGAUCAAAUCGCAAUUGAAACUGCUUCUUCUGCUGAUUACUUGAGUGGCGUUAUCACACAACAAAUUGAUCCUGCCGAUUAUCCAAUUUCUUGCAUUGCUGAAGCAUUAAUUCAAAUGUAUCAAUUUGUAUUUUCCACAUAUGGAACGAUUGUAGACACUGCUAUUGCAGCCAAAGCAAAAUCAACUGGAAAUCAAAAGAAAAUUAAUGAAAUUAUAGCAUCAGUAAAUGUUGUAAACGAAAUUCUAUAUUCAGCUUUGCAAUCAAUUGUUGAUCAAAUCGCAACUGAAACUGCUUCUUCUGCUGAAUACUUGAGUGGCGUUAUGACAAAAGAUGUUGAUCCUGCCGAUUAUCCAAUUUCUUGCAUUGCUGGAGCAUUAAUUCAACUGUUUCAAUUUGUAUUUAACACAUAUGGAACGAUUGAAGACACUGCUAUUGCAGCCAAAGCCAGUAUGGAAGCAAUGCCAUAA